UUACUGAGAGGGCCCGAAGAAGGGGUCCAGUCCAAAUAUUGAAGGCUCCCGUUUACCACUUGGGCUUUCUGUAAAUUGCACUUGUGUGUGGCCUUGUCUCACGGCACCGGGCACCGGCAGCUGUGCGUCUCAAUCGGUGACAGUUGUCGUCACUCUAGCCUCCUUAGUCACCACCUACCUCCGUUUGCUUUCCUUCUCUCUCCUCUAAAACCGCCACCACGCAAUGGAAGCAUGGUCAGGCUCUAUCUCCUCUCUUCUUCCACUCACCUCCUUUCUUUCUGUACAAAAUCCAAUCUCCACACCCUGACCAGACGAGCUCUUUCUUCCACCUCCACCGCCGCCGCCACCAUGUCCAUAAGCCUCCAGUCCCACGCCUUCGCUGGCAAUCCUCUGCUAUCCAAGACCCCAAAUCCCAGCGACCCGUUUUCACCAUCCCAAGCCCUCGAGACCCUCAAGACCCAACUUUUGGAAGGGGCCCAAUUGCCCUCUUCCCUCGGCUUCAAGGUUCUGCCCUUCAGAAAGGGCAGGCCUUUAGCCUCCUCAAGCGUUGGGGCCGGCGAUUCCGCGCCAAAUUGGCAUCUGGGUUGGAUCAGUUUGUCUGAGUGUAAAGGUUUCCUGGCCAAUUGUGGGGUUCAGCUGAGUGGAGAGUCGCUGGUUUAUCUGGGUUCUCGGCCCGAAGACGAUGUCGUUUAUUGGGCAAUUGAUGUUUCUGCUCAGAGUAACUUGGUUACUGAAUUGGGUAGCAAGCAAUUGUGUUUUGUUGAGCUGAGGACGCUUAUGGUGGCUACUGAUUGGGCUGAUGCUCGAGCUAUGGGGGAGUUGGCUAUUGCUGGACAUGCCAGGGCUUUGCUAGAAUGGCAUAGCAUAUCACAGUUUUGUGGACAUUGUGGAGAAAAAACAGUCCCCAAGGAAGCUGGGAGGCGGAAGCAAUGUUCUAGUGAGCAGUGCAGAAAGCGGGUCUACCCUCGUGUUGACCCGGUUGUCAUAAUGUUAGUCAUUGAUAGAGAGAAUGACCGUGCUCUAUUAAGUAGACAGUUUCGAUUUGUACCUCGAAUGUGGAGCUGCUUAGCUGGUUUUAUAGAGCCAGGAGAAAGCUUAGAAGAAGCAGUGAGGAGAGAAACGUGGGAGGAGACCGGAAUUGAAGUAGGAGAAGUCGUCUAUCAUAGCUCUCAGCCAUGGCCUGUUGGACCAAGUAGCAUGCCGUGCCAGUUGAUGGUUGGGUUUUUUGCAUAUGCAAAGUCGCUUGAAAUAAAUGUGGACAAGGAAGAGUUGGAAGAUGCUCAGUGGCACAGCAGAGAAGAUGUGAAGAGAGCCUUGACAUUUGCCGAGUACAAGAAGGCACAGAGAACGGCGGCAUCAAGGGUAGAACAGAUGUGCAAAGGAGUAGAGAAAGAGCAGAGCUUGUCUGCCGACUUCAACGUUGAAAGUGGCGAACUCGCCUCCAUGUUUAUACCCGGGCCAUUUGCAAUUGCCCAUCACCUUAUCUCUUCAUGGGCCUAUCAGGAUGGAACCGAUGGUGCCGCAGCUCUAAAACAAUCUAGUGGUUCUACUUCGAAUUUGUAGCAUGGUUCAAUUCUUUUCAUCCGUACUCCAAAUAGUCUUUCGAUAAUCAAAUAAGCUCAGAUAUAUGUUGAUUUGGAUGGUACAGGGUUAUGGAUGUUUGAAUUUUCUUCUUCUUCAAGAUUCACAUCAUUCGAUCAUUGUAAAAGUUUAUUGUUCAAUUUUUAUUUGAUGACAUUUUGGCUGUCCACUUGUAACUCAUAAAUCUGAGUAUAUAUUUCAAACCAGAAGUUGAUUUUACAAGAA